ACAAAAAAGUCCAUAUACAACUGUGAAGGCCUUUUUUCCCCUUGGAUUUGACUUGUACAAUCCAGAUUAUUCUAAGCAAACGUUGACCAAUGGAUUCUCAGACCAACGCCGGGGACUGCCUUGGGUGGGCUGCCACAGAUCCAUCUGGAGUUCUAUCACCAUACAAGUUCAGUCGCAGGCCUCUUGGAAGCGACGAUGUUUCCAUAAAAAUUACCCACUGUGGAGUUUGUUAUGCUGAUGUUGUUUGGUCGAGGAAUAUGCAUGGAGAUUCAAAGUAUCCUGUGGUGCCAGGACAUGAGAUUGCUGGUAUUGUCAAGGAGGUCGGUUCCAAUGUUCAACGCUUCAAGGUCGGUGAUCCAGUUGGAGUGGGAACUUAUGUCAACUCAUGCAGAGAUUGUGAGUAUUGUAAUGUCGGCUUUGAAGUUCAGUGUGAAAAACAGAAUGUUGCCACGUUUAAUGGUAUUGAUGUGGAUGGAACGGUCACAAAAGGUGGAUAUUCUAGUUUUAUUGUUGUCCAUGAAAGGUACUGCUUCAAAAUACCACACAACUAUCCUUUGGCUUCAGCAGCACCUCUGCUUUGUGCUGGAAUCACUGUUUAUACACCGAUGAUGCGCCAUAACAUGAACCAACCUGGCAAAUCUUUAGGAGUGAUCGGGCUUGGCGGUCUCGGUCACAUGGCUGUGAAGUUUGGUAAGGCGUUUGGGUUGAAUGUAACAGUUCUUAGCACAAGCAUAUCUAAGAAAGAGGAGGCUCUGAAACUGCUUAGUGCGGACAAAUUUGUUGUCUCUUCUGAACAAGAGCAAAUGAGGGGCCUAUCAAAAUCAUUGGACUUUAUAGUUGACACUGCAUCUGGGGAUCAUCCAUUUGACCCCUACCUGUCACUUUUGAAGACUGCUGGUGUUUAUGCCCUUGUUGGGUUCCCAAGUGAAGUCAAAUUCAGCCCUGCAAGUCUUAAUCUGGGUAUGAGAACUAUCGCAGGAAGCAUGACAGGGGGAACAAAAAUGAUUCAAGAAAUGAUAGACUUUUGUGCUGCUGAAAAAAUUUACCCACAGAUAGAGGUAAUACCAAUCCAAUAUGUCAAUGAAGCUCUUGAAAGGCUGGUAAAGAGGGAUGCUAAGUAUCGCUUUGUGAUCGACAUCGAGAACACCUUGAAAUGACAUUAUGGCAAUGCCUUCUGUAACAAAUGCUUAUAAAUCCACAUAUUGAAGUACAUAAACUGAACGCACCAGGAUCAGCAUUGAUCUUGGGUGGUGGGCAUGAACUUCUACAAAUAUCUAGUGAAUGAUGGCAUGAAUCCUGCCACUGAAGAUAAACUGUGUUAUUUAGAGUGUUUGAUCAAGACGGCAGUUGUUGAAUUUU